UUUGUCGUAACAAAACUCGAGUUAAUUCGAAUUUUCUUCUCGGAUGAAUUUCAAUAAUGUUUUAACGAAAGAAAAACAAGAAUGAAUCCAAGCGAAGUGGUGUUUUUGGCAGAAAGAAAGCUUGUUACGAUAGUGCCAAAUUUUAGUUUCGGUGCGAUACAUUUGAUCUCCGGUACUAUAGGACCAUUUCGUGCUGGUUUACCUGCAAAAGUACCGAUUUGGCUUGCUGUAAAUUUAAAACAACAACAAAGAUGUCGCAUUGUUAAUCCAGAAUGGAUGGAAGCUGAAAGUUUAGAGGAAGUUGCAGAGACAGAGAAAUUGUCCAAAUUGUUCACUAAAAUGCCAAGCAGUCAUUAUAUGGAUGAGGCUCAACUAUUGCUUAGCGUAGCCAGUGACGAUAUACAUGAGUCAGAAAAAAUAAGGACAGCGAUAAAAUUUAUAGGCCGAGAAACGAAACGAAGGUAUAUAUACAUAUACAUUCGUUCGAUCCUGUUGUCAUCGAUGCCGCGAUCGGAGAGAACGCGUGGGAGGAGUUGUUUCGUUCCUUCGAAAACAACACGAGCGUUCGAGCUUGUUUAAAGGUGCCGUCACAUUGGCAAAGAAAAUUUAUCUACACCGAUCCUUGAUAUACAUAUGUAUACGAUACGAUAGGUACGUAAAUAAUCUAUAUUAUUCGUAGAAUCACGACGUGACGUUAAAAAUAAUUCGUCGUCAGGUUUCAUCGACAUGAUCGAAGAUGAUUUAUAAUCGACUAAUGGUAAUAGCGGCAUCGAUAGGACGGCCACGUCGAAUUUGCAUUUCUCGUGCGGGCACACCCGGUAUAUUCUCGCGAUGUCUGGAGGUGCUUGCAAGUUGAAACCUGCACGACCAGCAAGGUCGAGGAACCUAACGCAACCAGCCGCUGCCGGCGAGAUAUAAACACUGACCAGGAAUGGAAAGACAGACCUGCCUUGGAGAGUUUCAGGACUGUGACAAAAAAAAUAUAUAUAUAUAUAUUAUAGAAAAUAG